UCUCCUCCAUCAGAGGGCGGGCUUGUAGCGUUGUGUGCGCAGCGUGUGGUUGCUGCUGCUGCUGAUGAUGAGAGGAGCGGCAGGUACACAAACCUUUCAACGGAGAUCGAGCGGCUUCCAAGCUGUGUAAAGAACAAUAAACACCGCCGACCUCAGCUGUCAGCCGUGAAUGUGGUACCUUUCUCUUGCCUUACCAUUAGCCUACCUGUGUGGUUUCUCUCUAAUGAAAGCAGAAUUUUGCCAAACAAAUGAAGGAGUGAGUUUGAAAGUGCGCAGCGGGUGCGAGAAAGAAGUCCAAAUAGAUUUUGGCACAAGUGAAGACGUGCAGAUGGGUCUCCUCGCAAUGGGAUUUGAGUUGAAGAACACGUAACCAGUCAGAAGUCACCCUGAUUCAACCCGUUGUUAAGGUAACUGGGAACUUGAAAAGGCGUCUUUUGACCGCUGGGAUGUUGUGAACGACGCGUCGCCUGGGACAGAAGGAAGAGGGCAACCAGGGCUGGACGAGCACCGGAGGGAUUAUGGCUCUCGCAACGUUUUCUCUCAGCCUCAUCACGCUGGCGCUUGCAAACUUGCACCUGUCGAGAGCCAGCGACCGGCAUGCGGUGUACUGGAACAGCUCAAACCUACUGCUACGAAGAGAGGGAUACACGGUGCAGGUCAGCGUCAACGACUACCUGGACAUCUACUGCCCGCACUAUAACACCACCCAGCGGGGGACGCUGGAGCGCACCGUGGCCGAGCAGUACAUCCUCUACAUGGUCAGCUACCGCGGCUACCGCACCUGCGACCCCCAGCUGGGCUUCAAGCGCUGGGAGUGCAACCGGCCCCAUGCGCCUCACGCCCCCAUCAAGUUCUCGGAGAAGUUCCAGCGCUACAGCGCCUUCUCGCUGGGCUACGAGUUCAACGUGGGCCAGGAAUACUACUAUAUCUCCACGCCCACCCACCACCACGGCCACAGCUGCCUGAGACUGAGGGUCUACGUCUGCUGCUCCACCGUUUCCCAGGCAGAUGAUGACUCCAGUCAGACUCCUCCUGACUACACAGUCAGGCCAAACAUCAAAAUACACAACAUUGAUGAAUUUAACCCUGAAGUUCCCAAACUGGAGAAAAGCGUCAGUGGCAGCAGCCCAUCACGUGACCGCCUUCUUCUCACCGUGGCGAUGAUGCUCGUGUCGGGCAUCUUUUUGUCCUAGCGACUGUCACCGUGAGUGACACUUCAUGCAUUGCUGGACCGCCUUGUCCAAAGGGCUUUGUAUCCACCAAGUUGUUGAUGUGAAAGUUGUCAGAAACACAGAAGAGAAUCAAGUAGAAACAGAACCACAAUCAAAAAGACACAGAAGUAAAUCCUUGAACUUAACUUACCUGGACUUUAAAAAAAAGGAGAGGCCUUUUUGCUGUCAUAUUUAUACCCAUGUAUUUUGACACUUCAUGAGUUGUUGGACAUCAAUAUUAUAUGAAUACCACAGCAUUUCAUGCAGGUGUGUUUGCCACAACAUGAAGACCACAAUCACAACGUAUAUUCAGACUUCUGUGCUGCUGUGGAGAAAAAAGUGGACUUGUAAUGAGUUGGAUGUAGACUACACACUCUUAUUGUAGCAUGGACAUCAAAUCACCUGAGGAAUUUAAGCUGCGCUGUCUUCAGCUGAUGAAAGCAAGGCUUUUGUAGCUUUGAAAAAGGUGGCAAACAUGGACUUCUGCAGUGGAUUUUUAGGCCUUGGACCACGGACCAAGUAUGCUGAUGGAUAAAACUCAGAAGUAGUAAAGAGCAAGCUGGACUCUGGAACUGUACUGAUCUUACCUGGGCUAUACAGGAUAUUUAUAUAAUCAGUCAGUGAUGAGAACUGCUGCCAUUGUCCUGGACAUUGAAGAAUGUUUUCACACUGGUGGUGAGAGAGCUGCUGGUAAUAAGAAUCCAAGGUGGUUCUUAAGAAAAGGGAAAGACUUUGUGAGGAUAUCCACAGGCCUUUUAAGAAUCCAUUUUCUCCAGACAUCAAAAAUACCCCUGGCUUUGUGAUAGGUACAGAUGCAAAGCCUGCAUUUCUUAGAAGAUAGCGAGUGCCCUCUUAGAACUAGUCUUUUGUCUGCAUUUCCUGCCUUCACACUGUAAACCUAGAAAAAUACAGACUCUGGACUAGUAAUUUGACGGCACUUAGACUUGGUAGAUGUGUGUUUUGUUCCGAUGCAUUUACCUUCAGCACUUCACGUAGAUUUUCCGGAUGUCAAACCUUUCUCCUAGCAGCAAUCAGCAGAGUCAUUCAGAAUACCACUAAUUUACAAUUCUUAAAAACCUCUCUCAGCAGCAAGUUCCCUUUUAAUCCCAGACAACCCCGUCUAUUCCUUUUCCACUUCAGAGGUUCCCAGCCAAUCAGUGCUGAUGGCCAUUAUAGCAGUCACAGUCACCAUGGAAACGACCCCAUACAGUCGCCGGAGCGCGGCAGGUGCCUGAGGGGAAAUUGUGCUUUGAGUCUCAAAGUAACGCUGCCGCCAUUUUGUUAAAAAAAAAAACAAACACACACGUGUGAAUGUGCAAUUAAAAAGAAGUUCACUUUUUUAUAUUGUAAUACAGGACAAUGUAGGCUGGCAUUAAUCAAAUUACAAUGUUGUGCUUUUUUAAUUUAUUUACUUUUCAAAUGUAUUUAUUUUAACAUUAAAGUAUAUUAUUUAUCUACCUAAUUUAUUAGUGUGCAUUUGUAGGCCUUUGCUCAAUAAGCUAUUGUGCCAUUUUUUAUUCUUUUUUUUAAACAGUGGAAUUUUUACUGCAGCAUUUUGCUUGUGUAGAUAAAUAGUCAGAUGUAAUUGAGCCUGGCAAAAAGAAAGGGUGACUGGUUAUGACUAAUCAGUAGGGAUAUACAUUCAGUAACCCUACUCUCAUAUAACAGAUACAGCUAACCAGAUUAUGUUGCUGAAAAGCAUGUCAUAAACCAACGAUGAAUGCACAGACAGAGCCGAUGUUGAUGGAAGGGCAGCAUUCCUCAAGUGCUGCGCUUGCGAAACGAAGGAGUCUGCAAUGUAAUGUAUAUUUAUAAUACAUGCCGGUUAUGGAAUGUGCGUGCAACUGCACAAGCGUGUAUGACUGUGUGUGUGACUGUUUGUGAGUGUGGGAGCGAACAAGAGAAAAACACAUAUGUGUGCACAUUUGUGUGCGUAUGUAUGUAGAAUGUGUUUGUCCGCGCUUUUAAAGUAUGUGGCAUUUAGAAAUUUCGUACCCGUUAAGGAGUCGUUUGUAGGAUCUGAAUAUGCAAGUGUGUAUGAGAGAAUGUGCUCUUCUGUAAUGUUAGUUUACGUUACGGGGUUUGGGAAGCGGGUAAAAAGCAUUUACUGAUGUUGAAGACAACCACAAGAAAUGUGUUUACCUUUGACAAGAAUGAAUAAAAAAAAACUGUAAAUUGAUCCAAGAAUGAUUAAAACAAUGCCAAUUAAAAUGUUUUUUGCAAAUUUA